AGUAAGUGUCAAAAUCUUAAGUCAAAAUCGCUCAAAAACAUAAUUCGUAUACCUACCUACUCGUUGUACAAUAAUAUCGUCUAUUCUUACUAUCAACCAACACCACCACCAUCACUACUACUUCUAGCACCACCACCAUCCAUAACUGCAUCAUAAUAAUCUUGUUUAAUUCCUACAAACAAUCAUUGUUUAAAUGCAGAGAAACUUAUAAGAUUGUUUUGUAGUAUUUUACUCUAUAAAAACAUACGUCACUAUGCCGCACCGUCAACCCAAUCCUGAGCGUCACCCUGUUUAGCAGCUAUUGUAGUCAUAAUCGUUCAAUAACCAAUAUUAUAUUAUUAUAUUAAUAAAUUACCUGAUAUACCUAUAAAAAUAAUUAUGGAUAAGAAUAAUGGUGAGUCAGACUCUGUUGCCCGAGGUAAUCUUAGACAACCAACCAGGGUGUUUAAGAAAAGCUCACCGAACGGUAAAAUUACUGUUUAUUUGGGUAAAAGGGAUUUUGUUGAUCACAUUACCAAUGUUGAUCCUAUCGACGGCGUGGUUUUGGUCGAUCCCGAUUACGUCAAAGGAAGAAAAGUAUUUGGCCAUGUUUUAGCCGCUUUUCGAUAUGGCCGUGAAGACUUGGAUGUGCUGGGUUUGACUUUUCGGAAAGAUCUUUAUAUAGCAUCUGAACAAAUAUAUCCUGUUGGAAAUAUACGAACUCCAACUAGGCUACAAGAACGUUUGAUCAAGAAACUUGGUCCAAAUGCUAUACCAUUUUAUUUUGAAUUACCACCACAUUGCCCAGCAUCUGUUACAUUGCAACCAGCUGCGGGUGAUACAGGAAAACCGUGUGGAGUAGACUAUGAAUUCAAAGCGUUUGUUGGCGAUACAGCCGAAGACAAACCUCACAAGAGAAAUUCAAUAAGGCUGGCUAUUAGAAAAAUUAUGUACGCACCCAAAAAAGAGGAAGUGCAACCAUCAGUUGAAGUAUACAAAGAGUUUGUUAUGAGCCCGAACAAAUUAUACUUAGAAGCAUCCUUGGACAAAGAGCUUUACUACCAUGGGGAAAGUAUAUCAGUAAAUGUCCACAUAGCCAAUAAUUCUAAUCGAACUGUAAAAAAAGUAAAAGUGUUUGUUAGACAAUUUGCUGAUAUAUGUCUGUUUUCCACUGCCCAAUAUAAAUGUACUGUUGCUGAAUUAGAGAGUGAAGACGGUUGCCCUGUUGGACCUGGUUUCACUUUAUCUAAAGUAUAUACAGUUAAACCUACUUUGCACAAUAACAAAGAUAAACGUGGCUUAGCUUUGGAUGGGCAAUUAAAGCAUGAAGAUACAAAUCUUGCUUCUUCAACAAUAGUGAGCAAUCCUUCACAAAAAGAAAACCUAGGGAUUAUUGUUCAAUAUAAAGUGAAGGUAAAACUUUGCUUGGGCGCUUUAGCAGGUGAGUUGACAGCUGAACUUCCAUUUAUUUUGAUGCACCCUAAGCCUGAAGAGGAAGUACUUCCAAUAGUCAAUAAUAUUGUAAACUCUGGUACAGCAGUUGAUGACAACGGUGUACGUGUUGAUAAUUUGAUUGAAUUAGAUGAAGAAAGCCCUGCCCCAUCUCACGAUGAAGAUAUCAUCUUUGAAGAUUUUGCUCGUUUACGACUAAAAGCUGGUAAUGAUUAAUUUAAAUAACCAUGUGAAUCUGUGUGAAUUUAUGAAUUCAUUUAUUAUUCAGUUUUGAGUAUAGGUAAAUAAUACAUAAAUCUACUGGAUGUCUAUCAAAUAGAAUCACAGUAUGUCUAUUCUAAUUAUAUAGACUUAAAUGGAAAUCAUGAAUAUUGCUAUAACUGAUAGAAAUUGAUUUCUAUGAUAAUUGAUAAAAGAUACUAUGCAGUUAUAAGAAAUUUUUAACUUUUUGUCGGAACUUUAUGCGCAAUACUGUUAACGUUGAUCUAAUUUUUUAGAGCCCAAGGGUAGUAGGAAUAAAAUUUAUCAUUUAAUUCAAUUUUUAAUUUAUUAAAUUUGUUAUUAUAAAGUAUUCAAUACAUCAUCUAUUAGACUUCUAAUAUUAUUUUUGUAGCUUAAUUAAUUAUUACCAAAUUAUAUAAAAAUUCACUACUAAUUUAAUGUUAUAUUUCUGUAAUUUUUAUUAAAACCAAAUAAAACUAUUUAUAUACCUAAUAAUUAUUGUGUUGGCAUUUAAUUUAUUAUAAACUAUUUAGGUAUAACAAAGCAUAGUUUAAAAAACUAAAACUUAGGAAAUUUUUUGUUUUAAUAAUCUAUAAUUUAUCAAGUAGAUACCAUGUAAAAAACUUGUUUGAUAAUACUAUUAGGUUUAAAAAAAAAUAAAUUGUUUUUAAAACCAUAAUUGGACAUUUGUAUAAUUUUAUUUUAUUUUUUUAUUAUUAAUACUUUUUUCUGAUUAAAUGUAUUAGUGUGCAUUUAAAGUUUAUUUAUUAUGGUUACACAAGUAGUUCUAACAUUCCUCCAAUUGUUAAAAGUCAAAUCAAUCAUAUUUUAAUUUAUUGUCUAGUAUACUUUUUUUAAAUGUAGUAGGUAUUUUAUUUCUUUAAAAGAUCUAUAUUAUAAAUAUAAAUUAUUAUUCAAAAUGCUAAAAUAUUUAUUUCAAUAUCUAAGCCUAAAAAUUGAGUAAGUUCCUACCUAAAAUAUAUAUUCUAGGUAGUAUAAUAUAUUAUAAUCAAUACUUAAUAAUACUCAAGUGCAGCGUAUCAGCAUUUUUAUUUGUGCCAAAUUGAUUUCACUUUUGUGUUUAAUAACAAUAAUAAUUUUGUUUAUUUUUAUGAAUUAUUUUAAUUUAUUUAGUUAUAAUGGCCAGUACAUAUUUGUAAUUAAUAUUUAUAAAUUAUUUAUUCCACGGCAUUAGCUUACUUGCAUGUAGUAUAGAAGAUUAUUUAGGUUACCAAACAUCUAAGCAAUUUAUAUUUUUUCAAUUAUGUUUUGACAAUCGAGAAUUAGGUAUAAGAUUUUGAAUAUAUUAAGUUGAACCAUUGUUAAAUAAUUUAUGUAAUCGAAUAUUGUGUAAUAAUUUAAUAGGCAAAUUAUCUGUGUGUAUUGUGAUUUAUGUAUUGGAAGUAAUCUUAAGAUAAACCUAGUUAGUUGAACGUAACCAGUAAUAUUCUAUGAUCUAAACUUUUAUUGACAGGGUUUUUUUUUUAAUAUUUUUUUUUUUUUUUUACUGUCAUUACUAACAAUUUGUCAAAAUUUUGGUACUGUUUAUUAUAAACUAUAAUCAUAUUCAAUGUAAAGUUGAUGUAUGAAUCUUAAACUCUUAAACUGACAAUGACUAUGACAUUGUUACUGAUUGUUAUUAUUUUGUUUGUGUAAAUGUGUGUUUAUCCAAUUAUUCUAUUUGUUAAAAUGUUGGUUUCUGUUGAACAAAAAAAUAAUUAUGGUGAAUACUAUCUAUAUUAAGUUAAAUAUCAAUUUAUAAAGCACAAAUAUUACAAUUUUAGACUUAUUUAAAUUACAUCAGUAUUUAUACAUUAUAUUCUAUUCUAUUCACUGUUAAAAAUCUUAAACUAACCUUAACCAAAUAUAUUUUCAAAAUAUGGUUUUUACACAAUUUUAUUUUAAAAUAAGUGAUAAAAUAAAAUGCAUGAUUAAACUUUUUGUUAAUUUAAUUUUUCAUGUUGGUUGUAAAUAAAAUUGAAGUUCACUUUUA